GACCCCUCCCCCUUUUUGCUACCAACCCUCCCCCUGUCCUCCUCCUCCACUAACCGCCCGAGAUGUCUGCAGCUCUCCCACGGUUGGAAUGGACGACAGCGUGUUUCUGCUCUAAAAACCCAUCUGUUUAUGGAGAUGCGAUGAAAUAAUCAGGCGGUGUGAGCUAUGAUCAGAGCCGAGGAGCAGGGCGAGAGAAAUCUGGAUCAGAACUAUCCAUCUGGGGGAGGAAGAUGAGGAUCAUAAUGAAGGCUCUGAUGAAAACAGCGUUAGUGUUUGUUCACUGGGCGCUCCAGUAUGCUGUUUGCCGUGAUGUGACUCUUCCCACUGGACCUCUCUUCCGUGUGGCCGGGUUCCCCCUAUCACUCCCUUGUCAGGUGUUUGCAUACGAAGGUUCACGGACGCAGGACUUCGAAUGGUUCCUGUACAGAGACAACGCCGGCGGAAUGCAGAUGGGCGUAGUGUCCACCAGGGACCCAGGGCUUUCGUACGCACCGUUUAGUUCCAGAGUGAGGAACGGGGAGGUGAGGGUGGAGAGGGAUUCAGGGGACAAGGUGCGACUGGUGAUCCAGAGGCUUCGGGCUGAGGACCAGGGGAAAUAUGAAUGUUACACCCCAAGCACAGACAGCAAAUAUCUGGGGAAUUACAGCGCUUCAGUCACUGUCAAAGUAAUUCCAGACACACUCCAGAUCAGCUACAAGCGCUCGCUGACGGGCCAACCCGUACCAGAGGGGGCUGAAUUAACCCUGACCUGCUUGGCCAGCAUCCAGUCAGAGCAGCUCACCCACCUGUCCAUCACAUUUGGGAAGCGAGACGGCGAAGAUGCUUCGGGGGAUGGAACCAAAGGUGAGGUUAGAGAGAUCAUCUCUAUCGACAAGCUUCUGGGGGUCAUUCCCGGGCAGCUCUACAAGACUCGCUAUGAUGAUGGAGAGAUCACGCUGGAGAAGAGAAACGGAGAGGGUGGGCAGGGGGUGUACGUGAUGAAGAUGAUGGCGGUGCAGCCUGAAGACUCAGGCUCGUACUUCUGCGAGGCUUCGCAGUGGAUUCGGGACCCAGAUCGGUCGUGGCAGAAGAUCGCUCAGAGGACGCUGGAUAUCGGCAACCUGACUGUUCAGCAGCUAGCAAAGUCUCUGAGUGUGACAUCUUCACCCCAAGGGAACGUGACCCUCCAGAUCGGUUCUCCUCUCAUCCUGACCUGUGAGGUGUUGGGUCUGCCAUCUGAAGUCAGCUCGGGUCUGCAGGUCCAGUGGAUGAAAAGGGGAUCUAUAAGCAGCGAUACACUUGGCAAUGGAGUUGAGGUUGAGGUGGCCCGGAUGAGACCAGAUGGGAUUGUUAGCUGGGGGGAUGAUCUCAGCAGAGCCAGUGGUGGCUCCAUGGAGAAAGUGGCAGAGAGAAAAUACUCUCUCAAGCUGUUCUCGGCCCGGCCCCUUGACUCAGGGGUGUAUCGGUGUGUGGUGAGUGUGUACGCUAGCAGGAACUACCUUAAUCCCUCAAUGCCGGCAAUGCUCACCCAGAGGUCAGAGGACGUCACCGUCAACCUGAAGACAAAAGAUGUCUUUGUUUCGGCUGUAGCUGAGCUUCCCCGCGGCCCUCUGUUGAAACCUGGCAGCACCAUCUCCUUAAUCUGCAACACCACCAUCAAGACCACAGGUCCCACUCAGGCUCAGGUCCAAUGGUUUCGUUGGCCACUCCCUAAGCUGGUUACCAAAGCGCAUGUAGACCCACUAGACCCUCCAGGUGAAAAGGAUCCCACGCUCAUUGCCGCUCUAAUGUACAGCGGCAUUGUGAACAUCUACGUCAACAACAGCGAGAUCAGCGUGGACCGGCUGUCAGCUGACAGCUACAGACUGAGGGUGCACAUGGCAUCGAUAGAGGACCAGGGCCUGUACGUAUGUCACAGUGAGGCCUGGGGGCAAGACCCACAUGGAGGCUGGUACAACACCGGGUCCAAAGCACAGUCAAAUGCAGUGACUGUUUACCUGUAUUCCAGAGCUACCGAUCUCCUCCUCAUCCCCCUGGUGGUCGGAGUCUCAUCAGCUUUGUUUGUGGGCAUCGUCAUCAUCGCAGCUGUGACCUGCUGCUUCAUGAAGCGGCUGGCGAGACAGCGCACUCAGAAAUAAAAAAAAGUGUCUAAACUGCCACCGGCCAUCUGGAAACUGAUGGGGGGUUUUUUCAACUGAAAAAGGAAUUGCAGAAGACAUAAUGAAAGAGGAAAAAGUACCAGGAGAAAGGACUUGAGGACAAAAUGAAGCGAGAAGCGACUUUGUGUUUAGGUUUAGACGUUUCACGGUAAAUGCCAAAAAAGGUCUUUUUUAAUUGUUUCAACAAUGUUAGAUGGUUUGCGAUUCACCGAUGGCACAGGUUUUGUCUCAGCUUGAGGUUUCAGGUGGAAAAGAAAUAUUUUUGUUACUUGUUUUUCAUCCUAACCACACGUCCCGUAAUCCCUCCCUCCAUUUUGUUAAUGUGACUUUUCUAUACAGCCGACUAUUUUCUUAAAUGUUACAUGUUGAUGCUUUAUUUCCAUACAAAGCUGGAGGUGUAGGCCACUAAAAAGGUACCACUGGCGCAGGUUCCCUUCUGCAGUCACACUUCUGUUUCACAGUUGCUCCUUCCUCGAAUCGAGUUAUUUAGGUGAAAACAGUGAAGUGCAUGGUGUUUGUCACCCAGACUCAGACUCAAACACCCCCCCUCCUGCAGGCUGGUGCAGCUCUGCAUGUUAACUCUGUCUGAGUUAAUGAGGAAGAGGUUGGGAUCCCUUUAGAACAAAUGUUCAUUUUAUGCAUUUCUCACCAUUGUUGCUUCAUUUUACUUACAGAUGAUGUUUUUUUAGAGGAAAAAUUGCACUGAGCAAUAAAAUUUUCAGACCUGAUUUAUUUUCUUUUGCAUUGUAAGUGCUCUAGCACCAUUUAGUUUGUCUAACUUGUGUUUAACAUUCUGCUGCAGUCUCUGCUCCUUUUUUAACACUUGGACCAAAAAGGCAAACUGGGAUCCAGAGAAAGCCCUUUGGUGUCCUUUUACGUGGUUAUCCAUCUGAAAAUUCAUUCUGUGGUUGUUUUUUUUUUUUUUUUUUUUGUUCUUGUUUGUUGGAUUAAAACUUCCUCUGGUGCUGUCUAGUGGCGACGAUAAAAAGGCAGCUCUGUGACAAACAUCUUGUUAAUGCAGUAAACAUAAACAUGCACUGACAAACAGGACUGUGUUGUUUCAUGUUUGUGUUGUUUAAUGGAAAUGUGUCCCAGAAGUCAGGCUUUGUUUUCCUGCUGCACCCAUAUGCAUGGACGUGUUAGUGAGGUCUCUUUAUGGUCAUCAUCAUCAUCAUCCUGUGGUUCAGGCUUCUUACUGAUGCUGCCAGGACUUGUUAUGACUAGAGCUCCCUCUGGAAGCCCACAGAACUCGGUUGGAGAGAUCUGUGCACUUAAGCUGGAUGAAAUAUAUCCUCCUCUUCCUGUUGAAAGAAAAUUUCAGGGUUCAUCCACGGACUUUCUGUCUCUCUUUCUCUCAUUUGGAGUCCUCCUAAAUCUCCUCAUCGUCCUUAGUUGUGCUCUCAAACCCUGAUUAUCCCAGACUUUUGUUCUUUUCUUGCUUUUUGAGCAUCAUUUGCCACACACACACACAUGCACUCUGCAGCUGCAGAAGCAGCCGCUACAGGCUGGAAUUUCAGAUAACGGUGAGCGAGUAUCUGCAUGUUCAUCUCUAAUCCGUGUUUAUGGCUGCACAGAAUCCCGCAGCCCUUCCCCCACCUUGUAUGUGGCUCACAUACAAUUCAUUUCCAUCUUAGAGAAUUACAUCAGUGAACGGUUUAGGCAAACUGCAUGCAGAAUAUUAAAAAUAAUCAUGUUUGUACCACAAGGGGAUACCCUUUCACCAAAGUGUUUUUUUUUAAUUAUUGUUUACUCAAGCUAAAGUACCGUUGUUCCUGAAUGCAUCAUACUGCCACUGAAAAAUCUUCAUUAGAGCAGGUUGUUGCUCAAUUUUGUUACUUAUGGUGCUUCAACAAACCUGCCGGCUGAUAAAACCAAUAAACCACUCUGGAGUUUUA